CGCUUCGGCAGUGCUGCUGGGAGGCUCGCGGGCGCGGCGCCGUUCCUCGCAGUCGGGCGGCGGCAGCGGCAGCGGCAGCGGCACAGCGCUGAGCGCACCUCGCGCCGUAGCAGCGGCAGCGGCAGCGGCAGCGGCAGCAGCAGCGGAGGCAGCCCCGCGGUCACAGCCCCGGCGCUGGUGCAGCCACCCUCGCUCCCUCUGCGCUUCCUCCCUUCGCUCGCACCAUGGCUGAUCAGCUGACCGAAGAACAGAUUGCUGAGUUCAAGGAAGCUUUCUCCCUAUUUGACAAAGAUGGCGAUGGCACCAUCACAACAAAGGAACUUGGAACUGUCAUGAGGUCACUGGGUCAGAACCCAACAGAAGCCGAAUUGCAGGAUAUGAUCAACGAGGUGGAUGCUGACGGUAAUGGCACCAUUGACUUCCCGGAAUUUUUGACUAUGAUGGCUAGAAAAAUGAAAGAUACAGACAGUGAAGAAGAAAUUCGCGAGGCAUUCCGAGUCUUUGACAAGGAUGGCAACGGUUACAUCAGUGCGGCAGAACUACGUCAUGUCAUGACAAACUUAGGAGAAAAACUAACAGACGAAGAAGUAGAUGAAAUGAUCAGAGAAGCAGAUAUUGAUGGAGAUGGGCAAGUCAACUAUGAAGAAUUCGUACAGAUGAUGACUGCAAAAUGAAGGCCUACUUUCAACUCCUUUUCCCCCUUCUAGAAGAAUCAAAUUGAAUCUUUUACUUACCUCUUGCAAAAAAAAAAAAGUUCAUUUACUCAUUCUGUUUCUAUAUAGCAAAACUGAAUGUCAAAAGUACCUUCUGUCCACACACACAAAAUCUGCAUGUAUUGGGUGGUGGUCCUGUCCCCUAAAGAUCAAGCUACACAUCAGUUUUACGAUAUAAAUACUUGUACUACCUUAAUGAUAAGGAAGCACUUAGUGGACUCCUUGCAGUUCCAUUUGCUCAUGAUUAAUACACUGUUUGGGCUGGCCAGUUUUUCAUGCAUGCAGCUUGACAAUUGAGCACAGUCAGGCAUUUGUAUUAAAAACGAAAAAUGAAAAAACAAAUCUAAAACGUACUCAACUGGGUUCUAGUUCAAUUUGUUAGUAGAAAUUGUCAUAGCUGGUUUACUGAAAACAUUUAAAAUUGGUUUACCUCAGGAUGCGGUGCAGAAAAAUGGGUGAAGGAUAAACUGUCUAGAUGUAGCCCCACUUAGGACGGCCCUCCCAUACUUCCAUGUGCCCCUUCCCCCCACCCAUGGUGACGAUGACACACAUCCUGGUGGCAUGCGUGUGUUGGUUUAGCGUUGUCUGCGUUGUACUAGAGCGAAAAUGGGUGUCAGGCUUGUCACCAUUCACACAGAAAUUUAAAAAAAAAAAAAAAAAGAAAAAAAACCUUUACCAAGGGAGCAUCUUUGGACUCUCUGUUUUUAAAACCUCCUGAACCAUGACUUGGAGCCAGCAGAUUAGGCUGUGGCUGUGGACUUCAGCACAACCAUCAACAUUGCUGAUCAAGAAAUUACAAUUUACGUCCAUUCCAAGUUGUAAAUGCUAGUCUUUUUUUUUUUUUUUUUUCCAAUAAAAAGACCAUUAACUUAAAGUGGUGUUAAAUGCUUUGUAAAGCUGAGAUCUAAACGGGGACAAGGCAAUGGAGGAGAGGUCAGGACCUUUUAAAAGCCCACCGCCCAACACUGGGCUUCUCACACUCCCACCCUCCCCUCCCUGAUACCCCAGCACCAACCUCUGAGCCUGAGACCUUGCCUAAAACCAGAGAUGGCAGUUUGCUUCAUCCUAUCAAUGGACAUGUAGGUCUACUUGUAUUUUCACUGGGGGAGGGGGGCGGGGAGUGAACCCUGGUAACUUAAUGACUAUUCAGGCAGUGGCGCUCUUAAUGAAGGAAAAAAAAAAAACCACUUUUUCUCAAGCAUGUACUUAGGGGUUCUUCUCAAUCGUGCUGCUGAUUACCUGUUUUAUGUAACUACUUGAGACCACCUGUGCAAGAGACAUGAUUUAGUGUGUCUGUCUGUAAUUCGAUCCUCGCUGUGUGGUAGAAGCAGUAGUCCCUUCUAAGCCAGUCUUGAUGCCUAAAGACACUACCGGUCACCUUUGAUUCAUGAUUUUUAAUUUAUGAUUUUAACUUCAGUCUCCUUUUCAAUUUUUUUUUUCCCUAAAGUUGACUUGACUUUGCUUCCCUGCCUCCCCCCACCCCCAAGUAGAACUAACUCUAGCCCCCCAGCUUGAAAGUCAAACUCCAGCCUAGAGGGGGUUUUGUGUCUCAUAAACCUGUAACCAAAACUGAGAUACUGGUACUGGUUUUUGCAGUGGGAUUGGUGUGCUUUUUAAAAAAAAAAAAAAAAAAACCUUUAAAAAGGAAUAUUGCAUUUAGUGCAGAACUCUUUCUGAAAUGAAGGCUGGAUGUGCAUUUUUCAGGGUGUUAACUGGUUGUAUCUCACCAGUGAGGAGAGUUGGGUUUUGAGUGUUUUCUGUGGGAGGUUUUAAUUUGCCAGGGAACAGCGGCAGGCUGCUAGCGAGGCAGCGACAAGCUCUUGGCAGCCAAAUGGGUGCAUUCAGGGCUGAUUUAUAGAGACCCUUGGCUUCUCCCUCUCCUACUCCCUGUCUUUCUGGCAUUUUGCAGCUUGUUAGAUUUCCUGCCAGAGGGAUGGGUCAGAGCAGUGGAGAGGAGCCCGCCCAUCUACUUUUGCUGUUGGUCCUUAGACUGGGUGGUUAUAGAAGAGGAGACCCAGAGCUAGAGGUGACUUCCAUAACUCCCCGAAUCUGGAAGGAACACCUGAGAACACCUUGGAGGUUGUUCAGGUGAGACAGGGAAGACCUAGGGCUCCUGGAUGUUUCUUACAGGGAGCCCAAGUCCUGACCCAUCUCAGGCCUAUGUCCUGAUGGCUUCUUGGUCAUUUCAAAGAGGGUUGGGGGUAACUGAACUUGUUUUUAACACUUUGCCUUCUGUCUUAACUCUUUCAUCAAGUCUUUUUCUAGAAGCUAGGUGGGCUCCAUUUUAGUGGUCCCACAACCCUUCCUAAAAGACUGCUUUUGAAACCAUAUUCUUCCAUGGCCAGCAUCCUGUAUGGGAAGAAAAGCCUUUCCCCCAGGGAGUGUCGAGUCCCAGCUUGGUGCAGAGGGGCAGCCCCAUCCUCUGCAGCCUAUUCCCUCUGGCUUCAGGGAAGACCAGCCCAGGUGGGGUGUUUGCAGACUGCAUGAGUUUGUGAGAGGACAGAGCUGGGUGUUGGGUCCAUACCCUUAAAAGUUGGUUAGCACCUCCCUGUAAACUCUUGCCCCUUACUUCUAACUGCUCUAUAAAUAUAUACAUAUAUUUAUAUAUAUAAAGUGACUAGUUUAACUGGCAUCCCGCUUGAGCCUGAGACUUGCCAUAAGAAACUGCUGAGUACUUGGCAAACACUUUCAUAGUUUUGUUCUCCAUCUGUUGGGGGUAGGUGUUGAGCAAGGCAAAUGCAUCUCAACGUUUCAGAUGGGCUUUUGACGCACUGUUGCCAAGGAAGGCUUUUUCUGAUUUUUAGACAAAUGAAUUUUUGCACACUUUAAUUGGUGUCUUUCGGCAACUUAAACACAUGGAAAAUUAGCUACUGUACAUAUUUUUAUAUUCUCUUUAUAAAAUGCAUGUCUGACUGUACCUGUAACCUGUGUUGUGACGAGAGCGGCCGUCCAGUAGGCCUCCCACGUGCUGCUGCGGCCCGUCAAGAGCAGCAGCAUAUGAUUAGCCCCUCAGCAUACUGGGAACUUCCUCCUAAACCAAGAAUGUAAAUUUGGUCAAAAGUCUGCUCUUUGUUCAUCAAUUAUUUUAAACAUUUGAAUUAAUUAUUGUAUAUCCGAAACACAUGAUCCUUUUUGGCAGUGACGAAGAUUCCACGAAUGUGUCUUACUAACCUAUCCCCUACAGCUGGCAGUUAGUAUUUUCCUUUCUUUUUCCCAAUCCCUCGAAGUUGUCCUAUAGGAGACAGAAACCCUUUGCUGUCUGUAUCCCUUGGAGUAAGAAGGUAGCGGCCUGGGUGGAGUGUGUGUUCUUUCUCCAGCUCUCCUAACGUUCCUGAGCACGUCUGUAGCAAGGAUGGCGCUAGUUCCGAUGCAGAAGCUACCCUUUACCGUGGCGAUUCGAAAAAGGAGAUGUACUUGAACGUUUCUGUAAAUCUUGAGAUAAACUGUUUGGAGAUUUAACCACCUCUCUGAUGGGGGACCAACUCUAUGGAAAUUGUAAAUAAGUUUUAUUUAUAAACCUGGCACUGUAUCCAAUAAACAUUUCUGCAGCCUUUCA